CUUAAGAGUACAUCUAAGGAUACAGACAGGUGAAAAUCCCUAUAAUAGUAGAGUUUGCAAGAAUUUGUUUUCAGCACGAUGCAGCUUAAGAGUACAUACAAGGAUACAUACCUUGGAAAAACUGUUAAAAUUGCAGAAUUUGCAAGAAAUCGUUUUCAGCACAAUGCAUCUUAAGAGUACAUCUAAGGAUACAUACAGAGUACAUCUAAGGAUACAUACAGGUGAAAAACCCUAUAAUUGUAGAGUUUGCAAGAAAUUGUUUUCAGCACAAUGCAGCUUAAGUGUACAUACAAGGAUACAUACUGGGGAAAAACUGUAAAAAUUUAGAGUUUGCAAGAAAAUAUUUUCAGCAUGAUGCAUCUUAAGAGUACAUCUAAGGAUACAUACAGGUGAAAAACCCUAUAAUUGUAGAGUUUGCAAGAAAUUGUUUUCAGCACAAUGCAGCUUAAGUGUACAUACAAGGAUACAUACUGGGGAAAAACUGUAA